UUGCAUUUUAACUGCGGCUGAUGAACGUUGCGAAGAGGUAAAAAUGGCCAAAGCUCUUCUCCAGUCCCAACUCCCCAAAGAUAAAAGACCACGUAAUUGGCCAGUGGCUAAGGUUCUUUGAAGCCUCAAACGCGCGAGAGAGGCAGCUAUGACAAUCCUCGCGCUCCCUUUAGUCAUCUCCUUUCUAAAACCUCAAGCUGCUCGCCUAUCUUUGUUCCGUUCAUCUGCUAGACCAAAACCUAGCUGCCUCGGCUUCAAUCACCGCCACUUUACUAGAACCUCUGUCUCCGCAAUCAGUACCUCUGCAGCUCCACAACAUUCGUCAACUGACCCCAACAAUGAGCCCCUAAAAGCCUCUGUCCCUACGUUUCAACAAGCUAUUCAGCGACUCCAGGAAUAUUGGGCUUCGGUUGGAUGUGCGGUAAUGCAAUGCAGCAACACGGAGGUUGGAGCUGGGACUAUGAAUCCUCUGACCUUCUUAAGGGUUCUUGGUCCAGAACCAUGGAAUGUGGCGUAUGUGGAGCCUAGUAUUCGUCCAGAUGAUAGUCGUUAUGGGGAAAACCCAAACCGCCUUCAGCGCCAUACUCAAUUUCAGGUUAUACUAAAACCUGAUCCUGGAAACGCUCAAGACCUCUUUAUUCGCAGCUUAUCAGCUUUAGGUAUUGAUGUUAGUGAACAUGACAUACGAUUUGUGGAGGAUAAUUGGGAGAGCCCAGUACUUGGUGCAUGGGGUUUGGGUUGGGAAAUCUGGAUGGAUGGGAUGGAGAUCACUCAGUUCACCUACUUUCAGCAGGCUGGAAGUCUUCAAUUGGCACCAAUAUCUGUUGAGAUCACUUAUGGCCUUGAGCGGAUACUCAUGUUGCUUCAGGGAGUUGAUCAUUUUAAGAAAAUUCAAUAUGCCAGUGGAAUUACUUAUGGGGAGUUGUUCUUAGAAAAUGAGAAGGAAAUGAGUGCAUAUUAUUUAGAACAUGCUAGCGUUCAUCAUCUUCAAAAGCACUUUGAUUUUUUCGAGGAAGAAGCUCGUUCCUUGCUUGCUUCAGGACUUGCAAUCCCUGCGUAUGAUCAGCUUCUGAAGACAUCUCAUGCUUUCAAUAUCUUGGAUUCUAGAGGUUUUGUUGGGGUAACUGAGCGUGCUCGUUAUUUUGGUCGGAUGCGUAGUUUAGCUCGACAAUGUGCCCAACUUUGGUUAAAGACCAGGGAGUCCCUUGGACAUCCACUUGGUACUGUUUCUGAAAACAUUCAUCUUGCAUUUGCUAAGGAUGUUCUAGAGGCAGCAGUCAAGAAGGUCCAUGGCAACUCAAGGUCAUUUGUCCUUGAAAUUGGGAUUGAAGAGAUGCCUCCACAAGAUGUAGUUCAUGCAAGCCACCAACUUAAAGAUUUAGUGCUACAAUUACUAGAAAAACAAAGAUUGGGCCAUGGUGAAGUGCAAGCUUUUGGCACUCCUCGCCGAUUAGUGGUUUAUAUUAAGGGUCUUUCCACUAGGCAAGCAGAGAAUGAGGUUGAAGUUCGAGGUCCUCCUGUUUUGAAGGCAUUUGAUGAGCAAGGAAAUCCUACAAAGGCUGCUGAGGGUUUUUGCCGAAGAAACAAUGUGUCAGUGGACUUGUUGUUUAGAAAGGUUGAUGGAAAAACAGAAUAUAUUUAUGUCCGAGUAACAGAAACUGCCCGACUUGCUUUGGAGAUUCUCUCUGAAGAUUUGCCAGUUACCAUCAGUAAAAUAUCAUUCCCAAAAUCAAUGCGCUGGAACUCUCAGGUCAUGUUCAGCAGGCCAAUUCGUUGGAUUAUGGCCUUGCACGGAGAUGUAGUUGUUCCAUUUAAUUUUGCUGGAGUUUUGAGUGGCAACCUAUCUUAUGGCCUUCGUAAUACUCCUUCAGCUACCGUUCAGGUUGAAAGUGCAGACUCUUAUGAAAAUAUAAUGCAGAAUGCGGGUAUUUGUAUUGACAUUGAGGAACGAAAGAGAAGAAUCUUGGAGCACUCCAUGGCACUAUCAACAAGUAUCAAUGGACAUGUCCUUAUUCAGGAAAGCUUACUUAAUGAGGUUGUAAAUCUUGUUGAGGCACCUGUCCCUGUUCUGGGGAAGUUUAAAGAGUCCUUCUUAGAGCUUCCAGAAGAUCUUCUAACAAUGGUUAUGCAGAAGCACCAAAAGUAUUUUGCUGUAGUUGAUGAUAGUGGAAAGCUUCUGCCUUACUUCAUUGCUGUGGCAAAUGGGGCCAUUAAUGAGAGGGUGGUAAGAAAAGGGAAUGAAGCUGUGCUCAGAGCUCGUUAUGAAGAUGCAAAAUUUUUUUAUGAGAUGGAUACCCGGAAGAAGCUUUCGGAGUUCAGGAAUCAACUUAAAGGGAUUCUUUUUCAUGAGAAGCUUGGAACAAUGCUUGACAAGAUGAUCCGCAUUGAAAACAUGGUCACCAAACUAAGUUUACAGUUGGGGAUCAGGGAGGAUAUGCUUCAGAUUGUCCAGGAUGCAGCAUCGCUUGCUAUGUCAGAUCUUGCUACGGCAGUUGUAACAGAAUUCACUUCCCUUUCUGGAAUAAUGGCACGCCAUUAUGCUCUUAGGGAUGGCUACUCAGAGCAGAUAGCAGAGGCCUUGUUAGAAAUCACACUUCCUAGAUUUUCUGGAGAUAUACUUCCAAAAUCUGAAGUCGGGAUAUCUUUGGCAGUUGCUGACAGAUUGGACAGCCUUAUUGGCUUAUUUGCUGCUGGUUGUCAGCCUAGUUCCACUAAUGAUCCAUUUGGCCUGAGAAGAAUUUCUUAUGGCCUAGUACAAAUAUUGGUGGAGCAGGAUAAAAAUUUGGACUUGGUCCAGGCUUUAAGACUUGCAGCUGAUGUCCAACCUUUUAAAGUUGAUGCCUCCAUGAUAGAUGAUGCAUAUCUGUUUGUUACUCGGAGACUAGAGCAAUAUCUGGUGGACAAGGGAAUAAGUCCAGAAAUUGUUCGAUCUGUUCUUGCAGAGCGUGCGGCUUUUCCUUGUCUAGCAGCAAAGACAGCAUAUAAAAUGGAAGCCUUGUCAAAAGGCAAUAUUUUCCCCAAAGUAGUUGAAGCUUAUUCUCGUCCUACAAGAAUUGUCCGUGGAAAGGAUGUGGAAUCUGAUAUGGAGGUGGAUGAGUCUGCGUUCGAGACAUCGGAGGAGAGAGCUUUAUGGAGCAUCUUCCUGUCCACAAAAAGCAAAAUUCAUCCUGGCAUUGAGGUAGAUGAUUUUGUUGAAAUAUCUUCGGAACUGUUGCAACCACUCGAGGAUUUCUUCAAUAAUGUCUUUGUCAUGGUGGAGGAUGAAAGAAUUAGGAAGAACAGGCUUGCCUUGCUGAAGAAAAUUGCAGAUCUGCCAAGAGGUAUAGCAGACCUCUCAGUUUUGCCCGGAUUUUAGAUGUACGCAACCGUGCUUUUAAAUCAUUAGGAGAAGAGGAAGGGUGACACAGAAUAAGAUGAAGAAUAUGUAAUCUGGGAGAUUUUGAUAGGUUUAUUUGUUUUUUUUUUCCCAAUCAACUUGUACAUAAAACCUCGUGAUAAUCUCGAGGCGGCAUUAAAAUUUUGUAAUAUUUAUCUCAAAGGUGGUUGUAAUGAAUUGUACGUAAUAAUUCAUUCUCUUCCCUUAUGCUUCA